AUGGAGUCCACGCAAAAGAAAUUUAACAACUCACACCUUGAAGAUGCAUUUAUUCAUCCACCUACAAUAGUCGACUCUAUCGACACGAAGAACCAUCUGCUAGCCAAACAAGCUGCUCUGGACGAGCAUAACAUGACAGUUAGGGAGGCUCUCCGCACGUACCCCAAAGCAGUCAUGUGGUCCCUCCUGGUCUCGACGUCAAUCAUCAUGGAAGGUUACGAUCUCGUGCUUAUCAAUUCCUUCUACGCCCAGGAAAGCUUUGCCCGGAAGUAUGGAGAUUUCGUCCCAGUCUCUAGUUCCUACCAAGUCUCGGCAUCUUGGCAGGCUGGUUUAAGUAAUGCUAUUGGAGUCGGAACAAUCAUUGGUGCAUUUGCCAACGGAUAUUUUACCCAGAGACUUGGUUAUCGAAAGGUGCUACUCACGUCACUUGCAGCCAUGGUGGCUUUCAUCUUCAUCACAUUCUUUGCACCGAACCUUCCCGUUCUUCUUGGUGGAGAAUUGCUUUGUGGCAUACCGUGGGGUGUCUUUGCUACAAUGGGACCAGCAUACGCAUCGGAAGUCUGCCCUUUGGCCCUUCGAGGUUAUCUCACUGUCUACGUCAAUCUGUGUUGGGCAUUCGGACAGCUCAUCUCUGCUGGUGUCCAAUCGGGAUUAUCAUCUAACAAUACACAGUGGGCUUACCGGAUUCCCUUUGCAAUCCAAUGGAUCUGGCCCUUUCCACUGUUUGCCGUUCUCUACUUUACCCCCGAGUCCCCAUGGCAUUUGGUUCGUGCUGGAAAACUGGAAGACGCUGAAAAGAGCGUGAUUCGGCUCGCAUCUGCAAGUCGAAAAGAUAAUGCAAAGCAAACCAUCGCCAUGAUGGUCCACACAAAUGAAUUGGAAAAAGAUAUCGAUGCAGGUACUUCGUAUUGGGACUGCUUCAAGGGAAUUGAUCGUCGACGUACGGAAAUCGUUUGCAUGGCUUUUGCCGCCCAACCAUUCUGUGGCUCUGUAAUGGGAGGAACACCAACCUACUUCUUCGUCCAGGCUGGUUUGCCAAACUCUAUCUCUUACAAAUUAUCUGUGGGGGGACUUGGCAUAGCAUCAGUUGGCACUAUAAUAUCUUGGUUCUUACUCCACACCUUCGGUCGUCGUACUCUCUAUCUCUGGGGACUUGCUGGGCUGACAGGCAUCUUAUGGAUCGUCGGCAUUAUCAGUGUAACAGCCAAAGACUCCGUGGGUGGUAAUUACGCACAAGCGACUAUGAUGCUUUUCUGGCUAUUCGUCUACUACCUGACUGUAGGACCUAUCUGCUACGCCAUCAUUUCCGAGACAUCCUCGACUCGCCUGCGUAACAAGAGCGUGUGUCUAUCCCGGAUCGCAUACUACAUAGCCCAGAUUGUCACCAACGUUGUCAAUCCGUACAUGCUUAACCCUACUGCGGGUGACUGGAAAGGGAAGACGGGGUUUUUCUGGGGAAGCUUUGCGUUUUUGUUCUUCAUUUGGACAUUUUUCCGCUUACCAGAGACUAAAGGCAAGACUUUUGAAGAAUUGGAUCUCCUUUUUGCGGAGAAUGUGGGGUCAAGAGACUUUUCUAAGAAGCGUGUUGAUCCUUAUAAGGAAGAUGCCGUGGCUCAAGUAAAAACGAACUAG